AUGUGUCAAAAGUACAUUCCCAGUGUGACUCGGCAGCUGCCGCGCUCCGUGCGUGCGCACCAAAUCCCCGACUGCCUCAGGUGGAAUGUGGAGUUGUAUCAAGGGCCUCAGUCUCAAAUGAUCCCAGUUGGUGGCCGUUCAUCAGUUCGGAUCUUUUUCUCAGCUAUUGGAUGGUUGCCGCAGGCCUCGUGGUGGUACACGAUUGGGGUGAGCGGGAGAGCUUGUAAUGCGAAUGUGCUUAUCGUUUUCUGCUCAAGUUCCGCAUGUGCUAGCUUUGUCGGUGUCUCUUGCCUCCAGCUUAUUGUUCUCUCCCCGGAGCUCGAGAUGUUUGUGCUGGGACCACGCCUCAUCCUUAGCGUCCGACAAUGUCACGCUAAACUCGUGGCCGAAUCUGACGCAGAAACUAUCAUGAAUUCGAUCAUCUUCCAGGAGCGUGUACACAUCAGGAAAAUGCACAUUUCCUGUAGGCAGGUGUUGCCUACAUAG